GAUGAUGAUGAUGAUAGUCACAGCAGCCGUGAUGUUUAUUUAAAGAAAUGGGUUCACACUCUGUGAGGAGUCUGUAUCAGUGUGUGUGUUUAAUGUCUGACACAUCAGAUCAGGUUUUAGACUGGAAGUCUAAUGACAUUAGGAUUUGUUUUAUUGCCAAAAACUUAUGAACUAUUUAUUUUGGUUACAAUUACUAUAUGAGAAUAAUAAAGAUUAUGAGUAGAUUGUAUGUGCAGGAUAUGAACAUAUGUGUAUAUGUCAACUGCUCUUUCAGCAGUUUUCCAUCACAUAAUAAUAACAUUAAUUAUUAAUAACACUCUUUUAAAUGUGAUGACUCUCCUCAAACGGUGUGACCUCACUGAUGCCAUGUUGGAUCUGAGGAGGAGCGAGAAAGGGCUGUCGCCUUCACCUUCGUCAGCACGUCUGUCUGCACUCACUGCACAGUGCGACACACACAUGUCUGUGCACACGUACGAGUCCACCACUGACACACUCAUGUUGUCUGUAAGUGAAUCAGGACAGACGUCAUUGACAAGUAAUGACAAAUACAAGUUUCAUUACACGUAAACUUGUAUUUCUCAUAAUGUCAGAGGCAACAAAAAAAUGACUUAAAUCUUUCUUUUUAUUUUGACUGCCACACCUAAUAUCUCCACACCUGGUGCUACUGUUACUUGUGUUGCUACAUUUACCACGAGAAGAAUAAUAACCUGUUUGAACAGUUUUCACAUAAAUAAAGAUUCAGUGCAUUCAAGAGACAAAGUGUCCCUUUCUUUAUUUAAAGGCACAGAAACGAUCGAAUGAAGUUAAAUCUUUGAUGAGAGUCAACAAUGUUCUAGAAAAUGACCUUUAAGGACUUCACAGCUCCAUCGUGUUUAUCUUUCUACACAGGCCUGCUCUGCCCCCUGCUGGUUGAUAGUGAAAACUAUAGUUUGAUUGCUGUGCCUGACUGAUGAUGACGCCUCACAUCAACACCUGCUGUCUGGGCUGAGAGACAGGGUCGUGGGGAAGCUGCAGCCAAAUCCCUGCGUGAAUAUCCACAAACAACAAAGAGAAAUGGAAUAAAAGUUGUAAAGUAAAGCCAGUUAAAGGCAGAGGGAAAACUACAAAACAAAAACAGAAACUCCACUGCCUGCUCUUUCUGAAACACUGUUGAUAAAUAAACGUGGGUCUGCUCGUCAUCAUCUAUCCAAUACAUCCCUACUUUAUCUUUAGAGGAGAGGAAAUCAUGGCACAUCUGGGCUGAUAUCUGUCGCCACUAAACACUUAUGGAUUCAGCGUCUUCCAUGCAAGGGAAACACCGUGUCAAGUGACAGCCCACCCUCCCCUGCCCCCAGCUGCUGCCAUCAUGUCCAGUUUCCACCUACUGGCGGCUGCAUGUUGACAGCUAUCAGCGGGGGAACGGACGGAAGCGCAGGAGCCGCAGCAGAGAGAGAAAAGUUGGCGUCAUGAAGGAGUUUGUGUUCCUCCUGCUGCUGCUCACGGAGGGUUCCUGCAGGACUCGCAGCAGCUGGUGUGAGCUGGGCUGCGAAUGUCGAGGAGAUCUCAAGUUCACCAUCUGCUCCAGGGCUCUCCUCACUCAGCUGCCCAGCAGAGUUGCUCCCGGCACUGAGCUCCUCGACCUGUCCGACAACUACAUUUCCGUCAUCCCCAAAAGCUCCUUCAGCAAGAACCGCAAACUCAGGGUCCUCCUGCUGCAGAACAACAAUAUCAGCGUGGUGGAGGAGGGCGGCUUCUCUCAGCUAGAGUUCCUGCUGAAACUCGACCUGAGCUGGAACCAGAUCUCCACCCUCAACGAGGGUUUCUCCGUCGGCCUGACUUCACUGCGGGAGCUGCAGCUUUCCCACAACCGCCUGACAAGCCUGGACACCCUGAUCUUCACACACCUGGACGGCCUUCAGAGGUUAAACCUGACUAGCAAUGCCAUUCAAACCAUCCAGGUGAGGUCAUUCUCCUCCAUGAGCACCCUACGGCAGCUCCACCUGGAGGACAACCGGCUGUCGUCUCUGAAGAGCGGCAUCUUCUCCAUGCUGCGCUCCCUGGAGGUCCUCAACCUGGCCGGAAACCAGAUCAGAGAGAUGGAGAUAACUGUUUUCAAGCCACUUGUUAGCCUGACUCUGCUGAACCUGGCCAACAACCAUCUGUCCACCCUCUCCUUUAAGACGUUCCAGAGCAUCCACACUUACAGCACCCACAUCCUGCUGGAGAGGAACCCCUGGAACUGCGAGUGUGACCUACAGAGACUUUUCCGGAAGCUCCGGACCAUCCAGAGGCUCUUCUUGGACGACUACUACAACCUGACCUGCGAGGCGCCGCCUGUCCUCCAGGACUACAGGCUGAUGGAUGUGGACUCGGAGUUGUGCAUCGCAGAAACGGUCACUGUGCUGAUUAUUACCGUCACUGUGGUGAUCACCGUGCUGGCUGCCAUGCUGAUGGGCGAGAGGAAGAGGAAGAAGAAGAAGAAGAAGCAGCACUGGACGCAGCAGGGGGAGCUUUCAGAUGAGUCGGACUAUUGAAUGAAACACACCUUCCUCCUUAUUUUAUUUGCUCCUGUCUGAAAGUUCACUGUCUGUUAUUUCACGUUUGUUCUCAGGAACUCUGCAGGUUAAAUCCCACAGCAACAUCUGCACCUUAGGAGCAAGAUUUGGCAUCGUGCAGUUCAAUUCUUUUCCUUUUUUUAAUCGAAAUCAUACUGGAAAGAUUUUCUUUCUGCUUUGCACCAAAAAGCCUACAAAAGAUUUCUUUCACACUCACACACACACACAAUACAUCUGCACUUUCGUUUUUCAAUAGAAUUAUAUUUAUUCAAGUCGCUCUCCAAUAAUUUGAUAUGUUAAUAAGAAAAAAUGUGUAUUUUCUCAUAAAACCUUUAAAUAGUGGCUAUAAUUUUUUUAUGUAAAGUAGUGGUGGUGGUGUGUUAUUAAUGUCCCUGAUGUGACUCUAAAUUUGUGAAAACAAUAAAUGGGAUGUUGUGACA